UCAAUGUCAUUGCCAACUUGCCUACCGAGGAACCGGAAACCUAAGAAAGCAUUUGAUUUGUAACCCGAAACUGUAUUUUUAAAAAAACAGUAGCGCUGAGUAUAAAGAUAAAUGGCAGAUGAGAACUAGACACAACUGAAACAUUUUAUACCCAAAAACUACUUGACUUUUAUUUAUUUAUUAAGUGCAAAUGUAGUUUUUACACGUGUUGAACAAAAAGUAUAAUGUUAAUAAUCGACGUUUUCGUGCAUAUAUUUAACCUUAUAAAAUGUACAUGAAGUGUAUUGUUUUCCAUGACCAUAGUAAAUUUAUGUAAAUUAGAACAGUUUUAAAACAACCUUAGUUCUACAUCUAGUACAGAGAAAUUUUAAAUCAUGUCUGCUAGACACAUUCUGCAAUUGUAUCAAAAAUAUCUCCACAAACAUCCGUAUUUAGUUCAAGCAAUUCAAACUGGAGCUCUUAUGGGUGCUGGCGAUUACAUAUCUCAAACAUUAGUAGAAAAGAAAUCUGUGAAAAAUGUUGAUCUUGUAAGAACCCUAAGGUUUUCAUCAAUAGGAUUUUUUGCUGGUGGUCCAGCAUUACGAGCCUGGUAUGGGUUUUUAAAUAAAUAUAUAGGAUCAAAGGGUAAAACUGUAGCACUUAAAAAAGUGUUUGUAGAUCAAGCUGUUUUUGCUCCAAGUUUUCUUCUUUUUGUUCUUGUAACUUUGGGUGUAAUGCAAGGAAAGUCAUUCGAACAUAUAGAAAAAGAUAUUCAAUCCAAUUAUUUAGAUAUACUAAAAACAAAUUAUUAUGUUUGGCCAUUUAUACAAAUUGUUAAUUUUUAUUAUAUCCCCUUGCAAUAUCAAGUAUUGAUUGUGCAAACUGUGGCCUUGUUUUGGAAUACAUAUUUGGCAUGGAAAACAAAUAGAAAUGAAUUAACACAAUAAUGUGUAUGGUAUUAUAUAGCUAUUAGAUUUUUUGCACUUGAUCUGAUACUUUGGAACAAUUGGGAUUUCCAAUAAUUAUUAAUUAAUCAAACUCAAGUAUUAAUAAACUAGUAUUUUUUAUUUAAGAUAAAGUAACAAACUCCAUUUUUUAACUUACAAAUAGCACAAGAAAGCAAAGUUAAAAUCUAAAAGUGCUAUUUGCUGGAUAAACUUAAAUAUUAAUUUAAAUGACUGGUAUAUAAAACUAAUCAUUAUAAUUUUGUAUUGAGUAUUCACAUUGUACUGUAAUUUUAAUAAAUGUUGGAAUUUUAUUGGGACUUUUUAAUCAAUUUUAACCCAAAAUUGUAGUGUUGUCAUUAACAUUACCAUGUAAAAAAAUGGCUUAAGAACUGUUUCACGUUUAUCGAAUCGUGAUACCAGGGGAGGUUGCCCUUGGAGAUUAUCACAUAACCUUAUGGUCAGCGGUCCAAAACCAAGGACCUGAGCCGGAGUGGUUGGUUAAAGAAAACUUUAAGCUUUAAAAAUAUUUUUAUUCGAAUUGUAAGAAAUGUGUGUGUUAAAAAUAUUAUUAACAAAAUAUGUACUUCAAAAGGGUCAAAAAUAUCGAUUUUAAUAUAAGCAAUAAAUUAAAUGCUUUGCAUUUUGAUGCGGACUUGAGUGAAGUCAAGAAUUGAUGAUUCUGUCCAAUUUUGACAGUCACGUGACUUAAGUGUGAUAACAACAUUUGGAUUUGACCUUGAUAUUGGCUUACAAUUUUCUUCGUGUAAUCCGCAUUCCAAUACGAUUUAUAGCAAACGCUCGGUGCAUAACUCGGUGGGUCAAAGUUAAA